AUGGAUGUGGCAUCUAGGCAGUCGUCGAGACUGCUUCGGUCCUCCCCGAACGCCGUCACGUCCCGUUUACUCCAGAACCCUCGCCUUCCUACCUCCGCACUCACAGCUACGAACAACUUGAAUGGCGUUCGGCGACGAAAUGUUUCUUCUUCGCCCCGGCGUCUCGCGCCCGAAUCACUGCUGAACUUUGGGGCUGGGUCGCAACCUGGGGGACCCCCUACCUACUUCUCCAAUCGCUCGGCGCUCCCAUUGAACACGGUUAUCCGAUUCGUCCCUCAACAGACAGCAUGGAUCGUGGAGCGGAUGGGAAAGUUUCACCGCAUCUUGGAGCCCGGUCUUGCGAUUCUAAUUCCUUUCAUUGACCGGAUUGCCUAUGUCAAGAGCUUGAAGGAAUCGGCCAUCGAGAUCCCGAGUCAGAAUGCUAUUACCGCGGAUAACGUCACACUAGAGCUGGAUGGUGUGCUGUAUACGAGAGUGUUCGACGCGUACAAGGCGAGCUACGGUGUGGAGGAUGCGGAAUAUGCCAUCUCCCAACUUGCACAGACGACGAUGCGCUCGGAGAUCGGUCAGCUUACACUCGACCACGUGCUGAAAGAGCGCGCGACGUUAAAUACCAACAUCACGCAGGCUAUCAACGAGGCGGCACAAGACUGGGGAGUUGUCUGUCUUCGUUAUGAAAUUCGAGAUAUCCAUGCACCGGAGGGCGUUGUCGCAGCCAUGCAUCGCCAGGUUACAGCUGAGCGGUCGAAGCGGGCGGAGAUCCUCGACUCCGAGGGUCAACGGCAGAGUGCGAUCAACAUCGCUGAAGGUCGGAAGCAAUCCGUGAUCUUGGCUUCGGAGGCUAUGCGACAAGAGCAGAUUAACCGUGCCGCUGGUGAGGCUGAAGCAAUCUUGCUGAAGGCACAGGCUACUGCGAAGGGUAUCGAUGCUGUCGCUCAGUCUAUCGCGGCUGAUCAGGAGAAUGCCAAUGGAGCUCUUAGCCUGCGUGUGGCAGAGAAGUAUGUCGAUGCUUUCUCCAACCUGGCUAAGGAGGGCACUGCAGUUGUCGUUCCCGGAAACGUCGGGGAUAUGAGUGGAAUGGUUGCGAGUGCCAUGGCUAUCUACAAGAAGGUCAACGAGGGCCAAGCGCACAACAUUGCGGCGAAGACCCUGGGAGUGGAGGCCAUUCAGGACCAGGCUUCCCACAACACCUCAGACAAAGCGUCUGAACUGGGCCAUGAGGUAAAACCGGAAGUCGAAGAGAACGCCCAUGAAAAUGUCGCAGACGAGGUGCUGGGUGGCUUCAAUGAGGCUAGCCAGCAGAAGAGAUAA